AUACAGAGGCUGAUGGGGAUACAGGAUCUGAUGGGGGAUACGCGAUCUGUUACUCGGGCUGCCGCAGAGAGGAGGGGGCGGAGGAGAGGGCUGCUCCAGCUUGGUGUGUGUCACUGGGAGAGGACAAGAUGGCUCGGCCCAGGCCCCGGGACUACAAGGCUGGCGAGUUGGUGUUUGCCAAGAUGAAGGGAUAUCCGCACUGGCCGGCCAGGAUUGAUGAAUUGCCUGAAGGAGCUGUGAAACCUCCCGCAAAUAAGUUCCCAAUCUUCUUUUUUGGCACCCAUGAGACAGCAUUCUUGGGCCCCAAAGACCUUUUUCCAUACAAGGAAUAUAAAGACAAAUUUGGGAAAUCAAACAAACGAAAAGGAUUUAAUGAAGGUUUAUGGGAAAUAGAAAAUAAUCCAGGUGUCAAAUUUACAGGUUACCAGGCGAUUCAGCAACAAAGCUCUUCAGAAACCGAGGGGGAAGGAGGAAACGCAGCGGAUGGCAGCAGCGAAGAAGAGGGAGACCAAGUGGAAGAAGAUGGAAAAGGCAAAAGAAAGAAUGAGAAAGCAGGUUCUAAGCGAAAGAAGUCAUACGCUUCUAAGAAAUCUUCCAAGCUGUCUCGGAAAUCGUCGGUAGAUGAAGGGGAUAAAGACAGCAAAGAUGAAGAGAAUAAGAGUGGUUCAGAGGCUGGAGAUGCAGACGAUGAUACAAGAAAUGCUUCAGAGGUGCAGAAAAGCAGCACGGGGAAUUCAAGAGUGGGGGCUCGGAAGAAAUCCACAGACCCUAAAGAAAAAUGAUAAAUCUCAGUGGCACACAGGCGAGAUUUGAUGUAACCAAGUACUGCAUACCGGUGGAAGAGGACCAUAUUUUGCUGUGUAGCAUUCUUGGAUUUUUUAUGACUUAAUGCAUUUCAUUGUCCCCACCAAGAGAUUGUCAACUUUGUUUGCCUUUCAUUUUGCAUUCCUAUUUGUUAUGUUUGCCAUUAUCACAUACUGUCCUGCCUUUUAGGGACAACGUUUCACAUUGCAUGAAGUUGCCAUUUUCAGGCUAAAACUCCAAAGGCCUUUGAUGUAAAUAGGUUUUAUGUUUAAUGAUAAAGUGGCAAGACUGUUAAAGGGAUAUAAAAGUCAAGAUUGAAAUACUCAGGCUUACCUAUGUGUGUUAGGGUAGCCAAAUAUACAAGAAAAGUUGUCACAGAGCAUGUGAGAAUUUUCCUAUGUAGCAUAAUGUACUGAAGAAAAACAAAAAAUGUGCAUUGGAAAUUUUGAUUUUAUGUUCCUUUAACAAAAUGAUUUCCAAAUUUUUAUCUCAUUCACUACCACUAUGAGUGAAAGGGGUUAAGAUUCCUUUAUAAUGGGAUUGAUAUUUCCAUUAAAUUCCAAAUAAUUGUAAUGUAUGACACGUUAAUGUUUAAUUCAACAAUUGACCAUGACCUGAAUAUAAAAAUGAUUUUGGAGCAAAAUGUUAACAUUUAUGAUGGGUCGCAAAUAACAAGAAUAAUCUUUUAUUAAAUAUGUAGUUGUAGUUGUAACUGUUUGUAGUUUUCUGUAAUACAUUUAAGUUAGAUAUUUUUCUUACACAUGUUGGCAUUUUUAAAAAACUAAUAAAAGAUUAGUAGAAAAACACUUCUGAAUUACCCUAUGACAAGAUAUUAAGGGACAGGAAAUGCUGCAAAUUUCUAUCGUGCAUAUGAAAGAGCACUAUUUAAACAUGUUAGAAAGGUUGUUAAAAAUGUUUUUAUUGGUUUUGAAGCUAACAGGAAGCUGGUAUUUAGUACUGAUUGCUCAUUGGCUGAUAAGCAGAACUCCCACAGCUUUAUUGGUGAGCAGUGGCACGUCUAACAAGCAUUACAACAAAAAUAGUUUCCCCCCCACACUCAUUACAGGAAUGUCUCUUUAACAACAAAAACAAACAAACAAACAAAAAAAACUGUUUAAAAUGUCCUCUUUUAGAUGCAACAAGUAAAAAAAAUACUUCCUGUGUCCCUUUAAUGUAAUAUAGGGGUUAGUUGUCCUUUAUUGUCCUCUAUAUGACAUUGUUUAUCACUUCAAAGUAAAUGGCAGCUAAAUGUGAUAUAGGAAGGAGGCAUCUGUGUGUUUUGUCUACAAUAGUAUAGAGCUUCUAAAGAAAAACUAUAUAUACAUACAUCAUUUAGCAUCAGCAGAAAGAACAUAGAUCUGAAAAAGGGAACUUGGUAGCUUGCUAUAUUAACAUGCCAAGAAAACAUGUUGUUUUUACUGUUCAAAUUUAAAGACAUUGAAAGACAUAAAGUUUAAACAUUUUUUCUACCAAAAAAAUAAAAAUGUAAAAGCAAAGAAUUGUAAUGGUAAGGAAGCCUUAGUGUUUCUGCUAAUAGGACUGUAACAAAUACAAUGCAUUCAAAUCUGUGAAGAGGACUGUAAAGCUUAGAAUAUAAAGCAAGCCACAAAAGACUAUAUAGUAAGGAGAGUACUACUGUUACAAGGCAGAUGCAUUCUCGUCUGUUAACAGGACUAUAAAUGAACAUGCUGUCUACAGUGAAGCUCGCAGCAACACAAAGAAUGUUUUGUUCGCUGUUAAUCAUCCUUUAAUACGUAGAAUGUGAAGACGUCUGUAACACGUUAGAUGCAUUCUUAGCUGUGAAGAGGACCGUAACACUUAGAAUGUGUUGUUAGCUGUGAAGAGGACCGUAACAUGUAGAAUGCGUUGUUAGCUGUAAAGAGGAGUGUAACACUUAUAAUGUGUUCUUAGCUGUAAAGAGGACUGUAAUGCUUAUGAGUUCUUAGCUGUGAAGAGGACCGUAACAUGUAGAAUGCGUUGUUAGCUGUAAAGAGGAGUGUAACACUUAGAAUGUGUUUUAGCUGUAAAGAGAACCGUAACAUAUAGAAUGCGUUGUUGGCUGUGAAGAGGAGUGUAACAUGUAGAAUCUGUUGUAGCCUGUGGAGAGGACUGUAAUACACAGAAUGCGUUGUUAGCUGUGUAGAGGACUGUAAUACACAGAAUGCUUUGUUAGCUGUGUAGAGGACUGUAAUACACAGAAUGCGUUGUUAGCUGUAGAGUGGUGAGGAACAUGUAGAAUGGGUUAGCUGGGAAAAGGACUAACACGUAGAAUGCGUUAACUGCGGAGAAGAGUAUAACACAGAAAAUGCGUAGUUAGUUGUGAAAAGGAGUGUAACACAUAGAAUGUGUUGUUAGCUAUGGAAAGGAGAGGAACAUGUAGAAUGCGUUAUCUGUGGAGAGGAGUGGAGAGUGUAACAUGUAGAAUGCAUUGUUAGCUGUGUAGAGGUGAGGAACACGUAGAAUGCGUUAGCUGUGAAAAGGACUGUAACACGUAGAAUACGUUGUUAGCUAUGGCGAGGAACAUGUAGAAUGCGUUGUUAGCUGUGAAAAGGACUGUAACAUGUAGAAUGUGUUGUUAGCUGUGGAGAGGAGUGUAACACCUGGGGGACGAUUUAUCAAAGUGCAGCCGCACAUUGAUAAAUGCUGACGGCAUUCAAAGUCGGCAUUGAUCAUUGCAAAAGCAGUUCUAGUGAAAUGCUUGUGCAAUGCCGCCCCAUGCAGAUUCGCGACCAAUCGGCCACUAGCAGGGGGGUCAAUCAACCCAAUCAUAUGCGAUCGGGCGGAUUGCUGUCCGCCGCCUCAGAGGUGGCGGACGAGUUAAGGAGCAGCAGUCUUAAGACCACUACUUCUUGACUCCUGUUUCCGACGAGCCUGAAGGCUCAUGCAGAAACAGAUGGAUACGGCCCCAUUUGGGACGUGAUAAAUCGGCUCCAUAGAAUGCGUUGUUAGUGGUGAAGAGGAGUGUAAAACAUAGGAUGUACUGAAAUUUAUGAAAAUAACUAUAUCACUUACACUGUAAACCUCUGUAGAUAGUAAGUGAUCUAAAAAGUAAAUUAGGGGUUUUCUACUUUGCUAAAAAUACAUUUAGACCAAAUUUAAGCAUUCCAUACUUUAUGUGAUCGGUACUGUUGCUAUGGUGAUGAUAGAUUUUAUUUAUUUUUAUGCAACUUUUUGUUAAUAUAUAUUUUACUUAUUUUCCUUUACAUUUAUUUUACUUGUUCUAAAGAAUUUUUAACAGGAACUUUAUGACAUGAUAUAAGACAUAACUGUAGACCAAGGUGAUGGCACUCAAAAGAAAAAAGGUCUUUAUCAAGUAUCUCAAAUGAAUUGUUGGUUCUGUGCCUUGAAAAUUAAGUAGCAGCCACACAGAUAAACAUAUUCUUUGUUAUCCCCAAGACUACCUGAGUUAUGGCUAAUUUUAAAGAUUAAAAAUAAAAUGCAUUUGAGACAGUAAAAUGUAUAUAAGUUCCAAGAAGGAAGGGCACAUCCCAAGUGAUGUUUUCGGGGUCUUAUCCCCAUCUUCAGACCAACAACAAUACCAUACAAUAACAGAGACUUAAAUAACACUCACCUCCUGUGCACGCCAUUCAUUAUAUAUACAGUAUAUACACACACAUACAUAUAGAAGAUGUUUCAUUUUGUAGAUAGACAUCAUGUAACCUUUUUCACCUAAGGCCAAAUGUGAAGAACCUAUGAGGAAAUAUCACACACAAAAAAACUAAAGAGAAAAAGUAAGUGCGUCUUGUAUAUUCCUCACAAAUAGACAUUGCAAGUUUAAUAUAUAAUGUGCAUGUAGGAUUUUGGAAUUCGGUUUAGCCGCAUUUUCUUUGGAGCUUCUUCAAAGGACUGAAAAAUCAUAAUUUUUACGUAUACUUAGUACAUGUAAUCACUGGAAAAGGUAUGUGUGCAUAAAAAAUAACUGUUUGUAAAAGCUUUUAAAUGUAUCUCUGCACAUACCCUGUUAAAAGCUACGCACCCACCAUGGGAAGUCAGGAACAAAUUUAAAUUAACUAUGACAAGCAGUCGUUUUGUACAAUGUGUACCGGCUUAGGCUUCUGACAUCUGGAGUAUGCACUUCAAAAUUCUCACAAAAUUUGGAAAACCCAGAGGUAAAUUGCAAGAAAAUGUGGGAAGAAUAAAAUAAUAUUGCAAAUGUAUUGAUACUACACGGCAUCGAACGUUUCACUGCUGCUCCCAGUGGCUUAUCAAUGGUUAGCCAUUUCCUAUUGUUCCCUCACUGUAUCAGUGAUAAAAUCUGCAUUGGCAAUAGCCGUGCACUUGUGAACAGGGUACGUUUGCUUGCCAGGAACCAGCAUAUCCUGUAUGGAGCUUGUUAGUAAGAGAAUGGGGCUUAUUAUUCACUCCUGUGUCUGUUGUAAAGAAGUAUGAUUAUUUUCAUGCUAAAAAGUUUAAUAAAAUAAAAAUGGUAUAGGAUGACCUAUGCAUAUAUUAUUCAAUGUCUGACAGGACGUUACCAUUGCCUGAGAAUUCUAAACUCAAAAUUAAAGCUGCCAUAAAAUAUUUAGCGCUAGAUUUAUCACGAGGCAAAUGCAGGAUCAAAUGAGCGAGCCUGCAACCAAUAUUUACUGAAGUUAACGGAUGAAAAUCACCCGGAUUAAUUCGACCAGGGUGAUUGACAAGCCCUACUCUCACGCAAUUGGUUGCACGAGGGUAGGGGCAGCAUUGCACAAGCGUUCGUUUGUGCAAUGAUAAAUUUGGGAAAUUGUGCAAUCGCAGAUUGAUAAAUCAUGCCCUUAAUCUUAGUUAAAAAAAAAACAAUACUGAAGUUUGCUUAUGUGUAUUGUGCUUUUCACUCUUCUCAGACAGAUUGGGGCGUAUACUUUAUGUUGCUAACAAAAUAACAGUUUUGAAAACAUUUAUUGUGUAUGCAUAGAUUUUCAUGUGCUUAAUUACUAACACCUACGAUGCAUAUUAAAAUUAUUUAAAUAUCUCUCUCAUAAGUAUUUGCUAUAGUUUUAAGACCUUUUUCCCUUAUCCUGUGAUUAUCAGUUUGCUUUAUAUCUUCCCAGUAGUUUCCUCAUAUUCAUUUGAAGCAAUAUACUGUCACCAUACAGCUACAAGGGACUAUUGGGGAAUUCCACUAGGUAUUUUAUGCAUAGUUUUCUACAUUUGCCAGUAGAUAGAAAACGCACUGGUAUUUAUUGCAGAUCUAUAUACAUCAUUUUUUUUAGGUACACUGCUUAUUAAGAAUGGGGAAAGGUAAAAAGAAACACAUACAAUACCUAAUCAUGUUUUUACUCUUUUCAGAAUAUUAAUUUACAUCUCAUAAAGUUCCUGGUAAAAUGUUAAAUAUUCAGAAUAAUUGUGGCUAAAUUAAUAAAUUAGCAAACUGGUUAAACGAUUCUGCUUAUACUUCAAAUUAUAUUUUUGCAUUUCAGUGAAUAGCUUUAUUUUGCAUAAUUUUCCUCAUUCUGUGUUUAUGUAAAAACAUUUUUGCAAUUUUUAAUAUCUGUAGUGGAAAUAGUUACUGUGUAAGUUGUAUUGCUGUUUUUACAAAAUAAGUGAUCUUGAUGUGUAAUGAAAUGUAAGGUUAAAAAGGUUGUUAAGUAGGAAACAGGUCACAUCUGACUUCAUUUACAAUGUAUGUAACUCCAAUAUUAAAGGAAACGUUCUGUAAA